AUGAGCUCCUUAAAAUUCGUGGUGUCCUCUCUGGACGCCAUUGCAACCUCCAAAGAUGCCCAGCGAAAUAAGCAGCUGGCCGACUUGACCAAGACAGCGCUCGAUGCCAUCAAAGAGCAGGAUCAGCUGCCUGAUCCCGAGAUCGUUUUCGCGCCACUUCAGCUCGCAACCAAGACCAACAGCCCGCAGCUCACAACCACAGCCCUCGACUGCAUUGGAAAGCUGAUAUCGUAUUCAUACUUCUCUUUCCAUAACAAGGAUGAAGCGCAUAAAGAAGGUGCUGAGCCGGCAUCCCCGCUAAUUGAACGAGCCAUCGAUACCAUAUGCGACUGUUUCCAAGGCGAGACCACGGCCGUCGAGGUCCAGCUGCAGAUCGUCAAGUCGCUUCUGGCAGCCGUCUUGAAUGAUAAAAUCGUUGUUCACGGAGCAGGUCUGCUGAAAGCUGUGCGCCAAGUCUACAAUGUCUUCCUGCUCUCUCGGAGCACGGCCAACCAGCAGGUUGCGCAAGGCACCCUGACACAAAUGGUUGGCACCGUCUUUGAGCGAGUAAAGACCAGACUCCACAUGAAGGAAACCAGAUUGAGCCUGAACAAUCUUAACCACGGCGCAAGCAAUGUUACCUUUGAGCAAUCCGAGGUUGCCAACGGUACCCAGCACAGCGACGACGGCGAAGAUGCCUCAACUGCACCACCUGAAAGCAGCGAUGGCCCGGAAGAGCCGGUCAGUGCCGCCAAACUCACGCUCAAAGAUCUUGAGCACCGCAAGAGUUUCGACGAUUCCACCCUCGGCGAUGGACCUACAAUGGUUACGCGACUCAAGUCGGACAAAAAAGACGAAAGCGACGUGUCCGUGUCGGGCCAGUCUCUCCCACAAGAAGAUAGCGAUGCACUAGACGCCGAGGACGAGGUGUACAUCCGAGAUGCCUACCUCGUGUUUCGGUCUUUCUGCAAUUUGUCGACCAAGGUUCUGCCCCCGGACCAGCUAUUCGACCUGCGAGGCCAGCCAAUGCGUUCCAAGCUGGUCUCUCUACACCUCAUCCACACCCUCCUCAAUAAUAACAUUGCCGUCUUUACUUCGCCUCUCUGUACUAUUACGAGCUCCAAGAGCAACGAGCCCACCACCUUUCUUCAAGCCAUUAAAUUCUAUCUUUGCCUUAGCAUUACACGCAAUGGAGCCAGUUCGGUGGAUAGAAUCUUUGAUAUCUGCUGUGAGAUUUUUUGGCUCAUGCUGAAGUACAUGCGCCCCUCGUUCAAGAAAGAAAUCGAGGUCAUUCUAAACGAGAUUUAUUUGGCCCUCUUGUCCCAAAAGAAUGCGCCCUUGACGCAGAAGCUGUAUUUCGUUUCCAUUCUGAACCGCCUUUGCGCAGAUCCUCGAGCAUUGGUUGAAACCUAUCUCAACUACGAUUGCGAUCAGUCAGUAGAGAACAUCUUCCAGACGGUCAUUGAAGACCUGUCCAGAUUGGCGACGGCGCCUGUCGCCAUUACUUCCAUUCAUGAGCAGGCGUACGAGGAGCAGAGGGCGAAAACUACACCAGCCAGCGAGUGGCAGCUCAAGGGUAUCCUGCCCCCUUCUCUUACUGUUGCACAGAUUAUUCCGUCACAAGAAGGCGAGGCCGACUAUCCCAAGGAAUAUGCAAUCAAACGUCUGUCACUAGAGGCUCUUGUUGAGACCCUUCGCUCUUUGGUCAACUGGUCCGCCUCCGUACGCUCGGAGGGCGAAAAUCUCCGUCCGGAUGGAGAUACCAGGGCCUCUUUUGACGAGCUGCGGCCGUCUAUCGACCCCACUACAAGCGAAAAUGCAUCUCGCCUCGAUACCCCUCUACCACCCUCGACCCCUGUAUUUGAAGAUGACCCGGAUCAUCUAAGCAAAGAGAAAGCCAGGAAAACGGCCCUCAUGAAGGGAAUUAGGCAGUUCAACUUUAAGCCCAAACGCGGUAUUGAAAUGCUUAUUCGCGAUGGGUUCAUUGCGAGCGACACGCCUCAGGACAUUGCCACCUUCUUGUUGAAUGAGGACAAGCUGGACAAAGCACAGAUUGGCGAGUAUCUUGGUGAAGGAGACCAAAAAAACAUUGACACCAUGCACGCGUUUGUGGACUCGAUGGACUUCACCAAAAAGCGGUUUGUCGAUGCUCUUCGUCAUUUCUUGCAGUCGUUCCGUCUACCAGGAGAAGCGCAGAAGAUUGAUCGAUUCAUGCUUAAGUUUGCUGAGCGUUAUGUCCUUGGCAAUCCUAACGCCUUUGCUAAUGCUGACACGGCAUAUGUGCUGGCAUACUCUGUCAUCUUGCUGAAUACGGAUUUGCACAGCAGCAAGAUUGCCAAAAGAAUGACCAAGGAAGAAUUUAUACGAAACAAUGCGGGCAUCAAUGACAAUGCCGAUUUGCCUCACGAUUAUCAAAUCACCAUCUACGAGGAAAUCGCCAGCAAUGAAAUCGUUUUGAAGAGUGAGCGUGACAUUGCAGCAGCCGCCGGUAAUCUUCCUCCUCAGCCUAGUGGCCUGGCCGCAGGCUUGGGGCAGGCGUUCUCGAAUGUUGGACGUGACUUGCAACGAGAGGCUUAUAUGCAGCAAUCAGAAGAGAUUUCGCUGCGCUCAGAACAGCUUUUCAAGAACUUGUUCAAGAGUCAGCGACGAAACGCCUCCAAGACGGCGCCAAAGUACAUUGAGGCAACGUCUUUCAAGCAUGUAGAAGCUAUGUUUGACAUCACAUGGAUGUCCAUCUUCUCUGCGCUCUCAGGGCAAAUGCAAAAGGCGCACAACCUCGAGGUUAAUAAGUUGUGCUUGGAGGGCAUGCGGCUGGCAACCCAAAUUGCUUGCCUCUUCCAUCAGUCAACGCCUCGAGAAGCCUUCAUUUCCGCACUCCGAAAUGCCACAAACUUGAAUAAUCCUCAAGAGAUGCAGGCUAAGAACAUUGAGGCGCUGAAGGUGAUACUGGAUCUCGCUCAAACAGAGGGCAAUGUUCUCCAGGAGUCGUGGAAGGAUAUCCUCAUGUGCAUUAGUCAAUUGGAUCGCCUGCAGCUGAUCUCUGGCGGUGUCGACGAGAGCGCCAUUCCGGACGUUUCCCAGGCGCGCUUUAUCCCCCCUUCGCGAUCUGGGACAUCGGAAUCUCGCUCUUCCAUGCAGUUAAAAAAUCGACCGCGGCAGAGGUCUGCUACUGGACCCCGGGGCUUCUCUAACGAGAUUGCACUCGAGAGCCGCUCUGAUGAGCUUAUCCGAAGCGUAGACCGAAUUUUCUCCAACACUGCGAACCUCUCGGGUGAAGCUAUGGUUUACUUUGCCAAGGCUCUGACCGAGGUUAGCUGGGAUGAAAUCAAAGUCUCUGGCUCAAACGAUUCGCCUCGCACAUACAGUCUGCAAAAGAUUGUCGAGAUUAGCUACUACAACAUGAAUCGUGUGAGAUUUGAAUGGAGCAACAUCUGGGUCGUUCUCGGCGAGCAUUUCAACCAAGUUGGCUGCCACAACAACAUGAACAUUGUAUUCUUUGCUUUGGACUCUUUGCGUCAGCUGUCGAUGCGAUUUAUGGAAAUUGAAGAGCUGGCGGGUUUCAAGUUCCAAAAGGACUUCCUUAAGCCGUUUGAGCAUGUCUUGUCGAACUCUCACAACAUCACCGUCAAAGACAUGGUACUGCGAUGCCUCAUUCAGAUGAUCCAAGCUCGAGGAGACAAUAUUCGCUCUGGUUGGAGGACCAUGUUUGGCGUUUUCACAGUUGCCGCACGAGAGCCGUACGAGAGCAUUGUCAACCUUGCCUAUGAAAACGUCAAUCAGGUUUACAAGGAGAAAUUCGGUGUCGUUAUUUCUCAGGGAGCUUUCACGGAUCUUAUCGUUUGUCUGACUGAGUUUUCAAAGAACCUCAAGUUCCAGAAAAAGAGCCUGGGUGCCCUGGAGCUGCUCAAAUCGAUUAUUCCAACAAUGCUUAAAACUCCAGAAUGCCCGCUAUCCCAUGAACCGUGGAAUGCUUCCAGGGCUGAAAACGGUGAUCCACCUCCAAGUAUCAAAAAGGUGCAGACAAAGACGUCAAUGGAAGAGGGCUACUGGUUCCCCGUGCUUUUUGCUUUCCAUGACGUGCUGAUGACCGGUGAAGACCUCGAGGUUCGGUCAAAUGCCCUAGAGUACUUCUUUGCCGCACUCCUCAAGUACGGAGGCGGCUUUACCCAAGCAUUCUGGGACAUUCUCUGGAGACAGCAGCUCUACCCCAUCUUUAUGGUCUUGCGAUCGCGGCCGGAGAUGACCAAUGUUCUGAACCACGAGGAGUUAUCAGUCUGGCUGUCAACUACCAUGAUUCAAGCCUUGCGCAACAUGAUUACACUAUUUACUCACUAUUUUGACGCCCUCGAAUACAUGCUGGACAGAUUCCUGGAGCUGCUAGCUUUGUGCAUAUGUCAAGAAAAUGAUACGAUAUCUCGAAUUGGCAGCAACUGCUUGCAGCAGCUGAUAUUGAAAAAUGUGACGAAAUUUAGCCUGGUACAUUGGACAAAGAUUGUUGGGGCGUUUUGCGAGCUUUUCGACCGAACAACAGCAUAUCAGCUAUUCACCGCGGCAAAUAUGGAGGCAUCUACUUCUUUCCCGCUAUCAUCGUCCAACGGACUUGAAUUUACUUCGCCUCUCAGCCCAACUAUAGCCGAGACCCCUGCUGCAGACGAAAAGUCUCUCAAGAUCAACGGUGAUGAGAAUAGUGCUGCAUCCGAUACCGAAUCUAUCCAUCAUCCGACACUGCACAAGCUGGAUGAUGAUGAGUCGCGGACACCGACGGCAAACACUAACGGGCAGCAGCUGGAGGAAUUCAAGCCAACUUCCACUCUUCAGCAACAACCUGUCGUUGUGACUGCAGCCCGCCGGCGAUUCUUCAACCGCAUCAUUUCUCGCUGCGUCCUUCAGCUGCUCAUGAUUGAGACGGUCAACGAGCUCUUUAGCAAUGACACCGUGUACACCAACAUCCCCUCCUCUGAGCUCCUACGACUCAUGGCUCUUUUGAAGCGCUCCUUCCAGUUUGCACGCCGCUUCAACGAGGAUAAAGAGCUUCGGAUGAGGCUGUGGCGCGAGGGCUUUAUGAAGCAGCCGCCCAACUUGUUGAAGCAGGAAAGCGGUGCUGCGGCGACGUACGUCUCUAUCCUGUUCAGGAUGUUUGGAGACGAUGCGCCGGAGCGACUGAAGAGCAGACCUGACAUCGAAGCUGCCCUCGUACCACUCUGCGAGGACAUCAUCACGGGAUACUCCAUGUUGGUAGAAGAGAGCCAGCAGAGGAACAUUAUUGCGUGGAGACCAGUCGUCGUCGACGUGCUGGAGGGAUACGCCACUUUCCCUGAAGAUGCCUUCAAAACUCACCUGCCCUCCUUUUACCCGCUGGCCAUUGACCUGCUUCAGAAGGACUUGACGGCGGAUCUGCGCGGUGCGCUGCUGCUCGUCUUGCGGAGAGUCGGCGAGGUGUCUCUCGGGAUUGAAGGGAUGACAAAGGUUGGGGACAAGAGGAGAGAUAGUUUGGCCAGCGCUAAUGCUGAGGAGGUUUCAGGCGGGUCGGAGGCUGCUGCACGAAAGAUGCUAUGA